CUGUUGUGGAAAGCUGCGAGGUUGCAUGCGCCUAGCAACCAAUUAUUGUUAAUGCAGAAAUUUUGUUUUGUUAUGUUACUACCUAAUUAUACUAAUGUUACCAUAACGGAGAGUUGAUAUUAUUCACAGAGGGGUUAUUACACAAUUAACUACGUUUCAUGUAUUAUGUUUUUUGCGUCAGUAGUUACGAGGAGAGUUGAACUAACACGAGUGUAAAUUGAUUGCCAGAAAAAAUGUUUGAGAUAAAAUUUGACUUCUUCUUUGUCGUUGCCUAAGAGUGUAACCAGCGGAGUGUUGGGUUAUGAAGUUCCCAACAUAUGGAUCCACAGCGAGCCGGAUUUAAUUAAUUGAAAACAUGGCAACGAUUGAGAGAUUGAGAAAGCGAAGAAGUCCCAUCCGUGGAGUGUUGACAAAGCUCAUGAACAAGCUGAAUCGAGUUUUAGAAGCAGACGAACGGGAUUCUGAUACAGAAAUCAUUUUGAAACAGUUGAAGCAAAACAUAAAUGAAAGCUACGUAGAGGUAAAACAACUGGAUCGUGAGAUUCGAGAUUUGAUGAUCGACACUGAUGCCUCCGACGAAGAAUGCGAAAGAGAAGCUGUAGACGCCAGCGAAAUUAACGAAAAGGCAACCUUAGCACUUCUAAAAGUAGACGAAUACUUUAGUAAGAAAGAUGAAGAGUCAGGCGGAGGAAGUUUGAAAUCAGCCUCGCGUUUUAGUUCGCAGAACAGUUUGUGUUCAGAGAAAACCGUCGAUUCCGAGCGUUCUGGCCAAUCUGCUAAAAAUUCCAAGAGAGUGAAAGUAAGGCUUCCAAAACUAGAGCUAAAGAAAUUUGGAGGUAGAGUGACAGACUGGCAGGAAUUCUGGGAUUCGUUCAAGAGUGCCAUACACGAUGAUGGAAACAUGGCAAAUGUAGACAAGUUUAAAUACCUACGAAGUUUUCUAGAAGAGCCAGCAAGAUCGGUAAUUGCAGGAUUUCCGUUAACAGAAGCAGAUUACCAAGCGGCAAUAGACUUGCUUCAGAAAAGAUACGCGAAGCCAAGCGUCAUUAAGCGUACACACAUCAACGAAAUGAUAAAUUUGCCAUCGGUUUUUAGCGAGAAAAACGUCACCAGGCUGCGCAGUUUACACGACACCGUCGAAAUGCAUUACAGGGGAUUAGAAGCGCUGGGAGUAGACAAGGAAUCAUACUCGAGUGUAGUGGUGCCUACUUUGAUGGAAAAAAUUCCCGAAGUGAUACGGCACAACAUGAUCAGGUUUGGAACUAAUCAUUUAGAUUGGACAGUUGAUGAGUUUAUUAUUUCGCUGGAGAAGGAAUUGGAAGUGCGAGAAAGUCAUGUCCCAAUUUUGAAGCAACAACAACAACCUCAGCCACUGCAACAGCAAAGCCUAAGCAGUCGUAGAAUGGAAUUUCGAGGAAAGCCAUCUGCAUCAGCGCUGUUUGUUGGAAAAUCAUAUGAGAAGAAAUGUGUUUUUUGCCUGGAAUCGCAUCCUGCUGAGUGCUGCAAGAAAUUCAAGAGCUACACAGAUCAUGUUAGUAGGUUUGAUGAGACACUGGACAUACAGAUUCUAAUUGGAUCAGAUUAUUUGUGGAAUUUCCAUGAAGGGGAAAUCAUACGAGGGGGGCAAAAUGAGCCAGUAGCAGUAAAGACAAGCUUGGGAUGGACUCUUUCAGGACCAUUAAAGGGUGAGAAAUUAAAUUUUCAAUCUGAUGUUAAUGUUAACCAUGUCAAUGUUUCCUUGAGUGAUAAUAUUGAUAAGCUUUGGGAUUUAGAAACAAUUGGUAUUAGGCCAACAGAUGAAGUACACGAAGGUUUAAUUGACAAUAUUGAGUUCACAGGUGAAAGGUAUUCUGUAGGUUUACCAUGGAAGGUCGGUCAUGGUCCAUUACAAACAAACUAUGAUAUAAGUUUAAGUAGAUUGAAGAGUCAACUCAGGAAACUAAGACAGACACCUACAAUUUUAGAAAGUUAUGAUCAAGUGAUCAAAGAACAAUUGCAGUCAGGUAUCAUAGAGCAGGUAGCAGAGUUAGAAAAUCCUUCAGGUUCAUCUAAGAUACACUAUUUGCCACAUCAUGCAGUUGUUAGAGAUAGUGUAGAAACAACUAAAGUUAGAGUUGUGUAUGAUGCUUCUUGCAAAAGCAGAAAAUCAGCAGUGUCGUUAAACGACUGUUUACAUGUUGGACCCAGUUUAACACCCAUGCUAUUUGAUAUUCUUUUGCGCUUUAGGACAAACAAGGUAGCACUUGUAGGUGAUAUUGAGAAAGCAUUUCUCAACAUUGAGGUCUGUGACAAUGACAGAGAUUGUUUACGCUUUUUGUGGGUGGAUGAUGUUAAUGCCCCAGAACCCCAGAUAUUAGUGUUUCGCUUCAAAAGGGUUGUCUUUGGAGUUAACAGCUCACCUUUCCUUUUAAAUGCAGUUCUUAGACACCAUAUCCAGAUGUACUCCGAAACAGACCCAGAAUUUGUGAAGAAGGUAACUGAGAGCUUCUUUGUAGAUGAUUUAGUGAGCGGAGCUGGCAGUGUUGAGCAAGCUUACAGUUUAUAUGAGAGGGUGAGAUCGAGAAUGAAAGAAGGAGGAUUUACAGUUAGGAAAUUCAAGACGAAUGACACAAUGCUAGCUGAACUGAUUGAGGAAAAGGAACGAGAGUGUGAAAAGAAAGACAAGGGCAGUGGCAAUGAGACCAGUGUUAAAGAACAUGUUGGAUUAUCACAGGAGAUUGGAGGAAAGACAAAAGUAUUGGGUAUUCCUUGGGAUACUAAAACUGACACUCUUCAAAUUGAUUUUGGGAAGGUGGACAAGAUAAACCAUGCUGCAACAAAGAGGGGAAUUUUAAAGGCACUAGCUUCGUUGUUUGACCCACAUGGGUUAAUAAGUCCAGUUGUGGUAACAGCAAAAAUCCUUUUUCAAGAGUUGUGCAUAGACAACUAUAGCUGGGAUGAUCCUCUCCCUGUAGAAAAAUUUUCAAGAUGGAAAGCAUGGUUACAAGAUUUGCAAGAAGCUAGUCACAUUUCAGUGCCAAGAAAUAUUUUAGUAGGAGUUGAAGGUGAAAUCUUAAAAACAUCUUUGCAUGGGUUUGGUGAUGCGAGCCAAAAAUCAUAUUGUGCAGUAGUUUAUCUUGUUAUUGAAACCACAAAGGGGGUAUAUAGCAAAAUUCUAUGUGCGAAAACAAGAGUAGCUCCAUUGAAGAAUCUUUCUAUACCAAGAUUAGAGCUUAUGUCUGCUAGAAUCUUAGUUACAUUGGUAGAUGCAGUCAGACAAGCAAUUCAGUCAGAGAUUAAUAUUGAUACAGUGAGGUAUUGGUUAGACAGUAAAACCGCCUUGUACUGGAUUCAGAAUAACAAUGAAUGGAAAACCUUUGUGCAGCACCGGGUUAAUGAAAUUCUAAGCUUAAGUAAGAAAGAGGAGUGGGGCCAUGUACCAGGAGUAGAAAACCCUGCGGACUUGGGAACCAGAGGAGUUACAGCUAAAUAUUUGAAGGAGAGUGAGUUGUGGUGGCAAGCACCUAAGUGGUUGAGUCAAGGGGAACAAGGAUGGCCCAAACGAUUUCAAAUUGAGAACCCAGAUGGAAUUGAGGAAGAGAGAAAAAAGGUAAUAACAUUAUCUGUGCAUGUUGAAGAACAGAAAGGAAUAUCUAAGAUAAUUGAUAUAGACAGCUUUAGUGCAUUGCAUAGACUCCUAAGAGUAACAGCACUUGUGAUGAGGUUUAUUAGAAACUGUAGAAACAAGAAGGAGGGUACUGAGAUUAGUGUUGGAAAUGUUAAGGCUGUAGAGAUGAAAGAAGCUGAGAGACUUUGGAUUUUAGAUUGUCAAUCUGGAUUGCAAAAUGAUAGUAAGUUUCAGAAGGUGUCAAAGCAGUUAGGAAUAGUGAAGAAAGAUGGAGUUUAUAUUUGUGUUGGUAGAUUAGAUAAUUCAGACUUAGAGAUUGAAGCUAAAAAUCCUAUUUUUCUACCAAAGGAUCACAGAUUUGCCAAAUUAAUUGUUCUUUAUUGUCAUGAAACAGUUCACCAUUCUAGAGUUAAAGGCACACUUGCAGAAUUGAGAUCUAGAUUUUGGAUCACACAAGGAAGACAGUUUGUUAAGAAGAAUAUUAAACCUUGUGUGACUUGUAAACGAUUGGAGGGUAAAUCGUAUGGUACACCCCCGAUUGCACCAUUACCAGAUUUUAGGGUAACUAAAUCACCACCAUUUUAUAGUACAGGAGUAGACUUUGCUGGACCACUUUACAUUAAGGGUUCAGAUGGUAAGAUGAAUAAGGCAUACAUUGCACUUUUUACUUGUUGUGUAACAAGAGCUGUGCACAUUGAACUUGUUGAGAAUCUUUUAGCCUCAACUUUUGUCAACUGUUUACGUCGAUUUUGUUCUAGAAGAGGGACACCUAAUCUCUUGAUAUCAGAUAAUGCUAAAACAUUCAAGGCAACUGAUAAGGUACUUAAGAAACUUUGUGAGAGUGAUAACGUUCAACAUUACAUGACAGAGAGAAGAAUAACAUGGAAAUUUAUUCUAGAAAGAUCACCAUGGAUGGCAGGAUUUUAUGAAAGACUUGUAGGUAGUGUAAAAAGGUGUUUGAGAAAGGUACUUGCUAAUGCUAGAUUAUCUUUUGAUGAAAUAAAUACAGUCCUCACAGAAAUUGAGUUCACAUUAAAUUCAAGGCCGUUGACGUAUUUGUAUGACGAGUUAGAAGAGGUUUUAACUCCCUUUCAUUUAUUGUUUGGUAGCAGAUUAUUUUCGUUAUCAGAAGGACUAGUCGAUAACGAAGAUUCUGAAGAAAGUAACACUAAUACUAUUUGUAAAAGAUUUCUUUAUCUAAGCAGGAAACUAACACAUUUUUGGAAUCGUUGGAGAAGAGAGUAUCUCAAAGAUCUGAGGGAGACGCACUCUCAACAGAAAAAAUUGCACAAUGAAGUUAAUAAAGGGGAUAUUGUUUUAAUUUUUGAAGAAAACACCAAGCGUAAUUUGUGGAAGACUGGAAUAGUGGAAGAUUUAAUCGUUGGUCGUGAUGGUGUAGUAAGAGGUGCAACGGUACGCAAAAUUGGCAGAGGAGGUAAGCAUGAAGUUUUGAAUCGUCCUUUGCAAAAAUUAUUUCCCUUAGAAGUUUCAAAUAAAGUUGAUAGAGACGAUGAUAAAAGAGAGAGUAAUGAGGAAGGCUUAGAAGGUGAAGAGAAUGUUGGAAAAAUUAGUGGUGACAGCGAAGUGAAUGAAGAGAAAACCAGUUUGGAAGGACCUGAGAGGGGAAUGAACCGCACCCCUAGGGCUGCUGCACUAGAUGCACGCUGCAAGACCAAGUUUAUGCUUGAUUCUAGUUAGAAUCAAGGAGGGGGGAAUGUUGUGGAAAGCUGCGAGGUUGCAUGCGCCUAGCAACCAAUUAUUGUUAAUGCAGAAAUUUUGUUUUGUUAUGUUACUACCUAAUUAUACUAAUGUUACCAUAACGGAGAGUUGAUAUUAUUCACAGAGGGGUUAUUACACAAUUAACUACGUUUCAUGUAUUAUGUUUUUUGCGUCAGUAGUUACGAGGAGAGUUGAACUAACACGAGUGUAAAUUGAUUGCCAGAAAAAAUGUUUGAGAUAAAAUUUGACUUCUUCUUUGUCGUUGCCUAAGAGUGUAACCAGCGGAGUGUUGGGUUAUGAAGUUCCCAACAGUUUCCAAGGGCAAAUUAAGCCAUUCCCCUUCUCCCCUUUGAUCAAUGUUGGUUUACUACAAAACAAUGUAGGGGAUUUGGAAAUAAGCUUUUUUCUGCGACUUCUAUGUUAUUUUUCUAAAUUAUCAACAUUGUUUGGGGGAAUGGGUGCGGAAAUAGGAGUAUCCGGGAAAAAAUUGAAAAGUAUAAAAACACAGCGCAAAUUGCUGGGUGUUCCAAGUACUUUUGACAAAAACUGUAGCUUUAAUUUGUGGAGAAAAGCAUUCUAAACAUGACAUGUUGGCACUCUAUUGCUAGCCAUACACACAUUAUACACACAAAAAUCCAUUCCAUUUAGCAUUCCUUGACAGAUAAAUCAACAGAGAGGAAUAGGGGAAAUUGGGUAAUAGGGCUUACGAGUCAGGACUGUUGACGGAAAAAAGUCGCAGCACGGUAAUGACUACCCUGUGUUCCACAGCUCCUCCUCUUCUUCGCUUGAUUUUCUAUAUACGCGCUCGAAAUGUUAUGGCUCGGGUACCCAGGGUAUGUAGAAACAACGAGUAACGAUGUGAUUUGUGAAACUGGAACUGACAGCUGUCAGCAAAAUCCUCCAUCCCUGUCCAUUGUUCUCUACAUCUUUAAACUGCAGAGAGGACCAGUGAGAGCCAUCCUUUUUCGGUUUUGUAUUUAAUACCUUGUGCUCUUUUUAAUUUGACUUUUUCUGGUAUAUUCUUUGAGGUAUUCCUUGCAUAUUUUCGUUGUGUUUGUCUGUUUAGAUGAUUUGAAUAAUCAGUCCAUUUUGUUUGCGAGUCGUUACAACAUGCCCAGCAGACACCCCGAAAAAGGAUUCAGUGUUUUCCUCUGACAGAAGAGGCUUGUGGAGUGGAUUAGAAAAGCUAUACAGAUUAUAAAUAAAAGGUCUAAUGCUUAUAAUGGAAAAAUAACAUUACAAAUGGCGUCAUAAAUAUGACAAUGUAAUGCUCUAGACUUUCAUUUAGUUACACUUGAACUUACAAUCACUGCUAAAAUUACUUGAAACACCAAACAUAAUGCGAUGUGCUUUUCUGUUUUUCCUUUGUUUUCCCAAAUACUACUACUUACGUCCUCCUCCCCCCCCCCAAACUAUGUUGAAAGUUAAAAAA